AUGCUGGAAGAGGAACGAGGCAAUAACGGGGAUGGCGGGAAUAAGAACUCUCGCAAUGAUGAAGCUGCAAUUAGUGACAGAAUUUCCGGGAAUGAUGCAGGUUCAGGAACACCGAUAACAACCGAACUCGCUGGUUCGGGAAGUCAAACAGCAACGAUAAACACCCAACCCGAUGUUAUUACAGUGACUCACGAAGACACCGAUACCGGAUCUGUUUCUACCGGGGAUGGGAAGCAACCCGUGGAGUUGCCGCGAGCUGACAAUGCGGGAGUGACUGUAGCGGGGGGAGUGGAAAGGGAGGGGAGCGAGGAGCAAGGAGCGGACGAGUUGGGACAGGAGAGUGAGAUGGAGAGUAAAGACGAGGAGGAGGUGGGGUCCCGGCGGGAAGCGAGUGAACGCGCGGCGGAAGCGGAAGCGGAAGCGGGGGGGCGAAGGGGAGCGGAAGCGGAACCGGAGGAGGAGGAAACGGGCGCGCGGGAUGGGUCCGGGGAAGUGGAUGGUACCAGCGGGGGACAGGGGGAGGGGCAGGGGCGAGUGAAUGGCGCAUUGGCGCAACUACGCGGGGGAGCUUCUGGGAGAGGGGAGGGGGGCGGGGUGGAGGGCGCGAGUGCAGAGGGGAUGACAUGCCGGGCGUGGUUGGAGCAGCAAGACGAAGUGGGUGUGGGGAGGGAGUUUGAGAAGCAGCCGGUGCGAGUGCGAGUUUGGGGAGGUGAAGCGGUGGGACUGCGAUGUGCCGUCAAGAGGUGGGAUUGUGAUGUGCCGUGUGAGUUUGUGAGUUCGGGUGACGACGUGGACGCCAGUUUGACGUAUGCAGUGGCGGGCAAGAUGGUGCUGCGCUCAAUGGAGGCGCGCUCCUAUUACCCCGCCAACGACCCUGCUGUGUCCAGGGGGUCCUACAGUAUGGUGCUGCGCUCAAUGGAGGCGCGCUCCUAUUUCCCCGCCAACGACCCUGCUGUGUCCAGGGGGUCUCACAGUGUGAGUGGUAGGGAGGGAGCAUGUUGCGUGCAAGAUGGUGCUGCGGUGCUGCUGUCAGGUGCUGAUGACAGUGCACUAUCACUCGGACGUGCCAGUGCAGUGCAGUACGGGUCGUGGGAGGAGUAUGAUAUCAUGCGACCCAUCCGUGCCAUCCCUUCUCCUCUCUUGCCACUCGUCUUGCUCUCCCUGGUCUCUCUCUUUUCAAGCCUCCCCAUGGCAACAACAGGUGGUGAUGACAGUGCACUACGACUCACACGUGCCAGUGCACAACAGGUGGUGAUGACAGUACACUACGACUCACACGUGCCAGUGGUGAUGACAGUGCACUACGACUCGGACGUGCCAGUGCAGUACGGGUCCUGGGAGGAGUAUGACAUCAUGCGCCCCCCCGUCCCCAAGACAGCAGACGCCAUUGCUGCUGCGUUCAUCAGCAACUGUGCUGCCAACAACUUCCGACUCAAGGUGGGAAAGGGAGAGGGGGUGUCCACUCAAGGUGGGGAGAGGGGGUGUCGACUCAAGGCGGUGGAGGAGCUGCAGAAGUUCUUUCCCGUGCACUCGUAUGGUCGCUGUCUCAACAACCGGCCGUUUGAGCAUGACAAGCUCGCAGUGAUCCAACGUUACAAGUUCUCCCUCGCCUUUGAGAACUCCUGUGAACCGGACUACAUCACUGAGAAGUUCUGGCAGUCCCUAGUGGCCGGGUCCGUGCCUGUGAUCGUGGGCCCUCCCAACAUUGCAGACUUUGUGCCGGACAACACCUCGUACCUCUACAUCCAGAGCGAGGAGGAUGUUCCAAGGGUGGCAAGGCAGAUGCAGGCCAUAGCGGCCGACGAGGACGCGUACAACAAGAUGCUCGAGUGGAAGCGAUCUGGGCCGUCGGAUCAGUUCAUUGCCAACGUGGAUCUGUCGGCUGUGCACUCCUCCUGCCGCCUCUGUGUGCUUCUGGCUGACCGCAUCCGCACGCAAGAGAUCGCUGCCUCCCGCAAGCCACGGCCCUGCAGACGUCUCAAAAGUCUGUCUCCCUUCACCUCUCCCUCCUUCCCGGCCACUGUCCCCGCCUCUUCCCGAACCUCCCUCGCGCGUGGUCCUCGUUUGCUGUGUCUGACACCUGUAUCCGCCCCAUGCUGCUUUGCAUCUUUCACCCACAUGCAACAGGUGUGA